AAUAGCUCACACCCACGACGCAUGGCACCGGCUCCAGGGAGCACUGGUGCCGCCUCACUAUCAAUUGCCUCUACCUCUUCCACAUUGGCCUCUGUCUCUACCUUUAUCUCUGCUUCCGCCUCUUCUACUUCCUCUGCUUCUACUUGGUACAGUCAACUUGCAUUCAUUCUUCCGUUUCUAUUUAUCAUCAUCGGUAUCUUCAUUCUCAUGAUCAGCAUCUUCCUAACUAUCCUCUAUCGCGCACGCCGUCGGAAUCCUCCAGUCAAGCGUCUACUCCCCACAGCCCCACGAGCGUUGUUACUACAGAAGAAACUCUCGAAAGGCCGACCAGCACAGCGUCACAAGGGGAGAAUGGACCCUUUCACCACGAUUGCCGCUCUGUCCGCACAGUCUGCGUUACUUGCCUGUGCCCCGAUCAAGUUUCCAUGCAAUCCGAGGAAAACGGAAAAGUCCCGUGGCUGGUCGCGCGCCAUGUCGACGAUGUCUAUGGACUUCGUGUGCAGGGGCAUGUCAUGGAGCCGGUCGACCGCGGGCGUGUCGAAUCAUGGAAGUCGGUUUAGUGCCAUGGGUUCAAAUGCAUCCAGAUCUUCGAUGUCCAUCCAGGAAGUCGGUCAGCAGAGGGAGAUUUUGGAAGUUGAGAGUCGAGAGCGACGUUCGAGUGAACCACUGCUGGACGAGGGUUCGUUCAGUCGUAGUGGGCUGGGAUAUACCCUUCGCUUGACGGACGGGCUGGAUGACGACAUGUCACGCGCGGGAUGGUUGGAUCUAUUGAUGAGGGACGAAUUG